CGGGGAGGGGAGGUGAUGGCUGCGGCUGCGGCUGCGGCGGUGAAUAGACGGAGGACGCGCGCGGAGUAUAAGCGUGUGUCAGCGUACAUCAUAAUACGGUGUGUUUGUGCCUCUGACAUAGACGGAAUAAAUCGAGGAAGACAUUUCUUUAUUUGACGAAAGAGAGAGCAACGAGUACGCGAAAGAAAGAUAAGAAGAGUGUGUGAAACGGGUCCAUGGUGUGAAACGAGGAUAGUAAGAUGGCGGGAUCACUAACGUGGUCGUGCACUUGUUGUCUACGAUUCAAGUUCAGCCCAGAAGAGAUCGAGCAACGAUACAAAAGUCAAGAGAUCGACCGGAUGCUAGAGAAAGAUCGGCAAACUUUCCGUAGGCAGGUUAAACUCCUGCUUCUCGGUGCUGGAGAAAGUGGAAAAUCAACAUUCCUUAAACAGAUGCGAAUUAUACACGGAAUCAAAUUUGAGCCUGAAUUAAUUAAAGAGUACCAGCAUAUAAUCUAUCAAAAUAUAAUCAAAGGAAUGAAAGUAUUGGUAGAUGCAAGAGAUAAGCUGAACAUACCUUGGGAAAAUCCUAAAAAUUAUGAUAUUGGAUAUCAGUUAUUGAAAUUUGAGAAUACCAUGGUUUUGGAUACUAGAUUGUUCCUCCAUUAUGUACCAGCUUUACAAAGUUUAUGGAAAGAUGCAUCUAUUAAAAAAGCAUUCGAUAGAAGAAGAGAAUUUCAAUUAAGCGAUUCGGUCCAAUAUUUUCUGGAUAAUCUCGAUAGGAUUGCCAAAGUGGAUUAUGCUCCUACGCAUCAGGACAUUUUACAUUGUAGAAAGGCGACAAAAGGAAUUUCAGAAUUUGUCAUACCAAUAAACAAUAUUCCAUUUCUAUUUGUUGAUGUUGGUGGACAGAGAUCUCAAAGACAAAAAUGGUAUCAAUGUUUUGACUGUGUGACCUCUAUAUUAUUUCUUGUAUCUUCUUCGGAGUUCGAUCAGGUCUUAUUAGAAGAUAGGAGGACCAAUAGAUUAGAAGAAUCAAGAAAUAUCUUUGAUACAAUAGUGAAUAAUAUGAUAUUUGGUGGUGUGUCAAUAAUUUUGUUUCUAAAUAAAACUGAUCUCUUGGAUAGAAAAGUAAGAUCGCAUGAUACUAAUGUUCGCUGGUAUUUUCCACAAUUUACGGGCGAUUCACAUUCCAUGAAGGAUGUACAGAAUUUUAUAUUGGAAAUGUUUAUAUCUGUCAAAAAGGAUCCAAGGAAACCUUUAUUCCAUCAUUUUACUACUGCUGUCGAUACAGAAAAUAUUAAAGUUGUAUUUAAUGCAGUAAAGGAUACUAUUUUGCAUCGCAAUUUGGAGUCUUUAAUGCUCCAAUAAUGUAAAGUAAGAAUGGAGGGAGCAGUUAUUAAUGGUUAAAAGGACAAUAUUCGUUGAUAUAAGCUACAUUAUUUAUUUCUAUAUCAGUUACGUAAAAUCGAGCACACGUACAACUGAUCUAUAUUAGGGAAUGAAAAAAAAAAAAAAAAGGAAAAAGAAAAAAAAGAAAAAAGAGAGAAAAAAAGAAAAAAAAACAAGUAAUGUCUUGUCUAAAAGUAUGUCAACUUCUUAUGCAUUAUAUCUAUUGAUAAUUAUUUUUAUAGUAUCUUUAAAAGCCUAAAAAAAUUUUGUAUAUAAGGCCUUAUGGACAUUAUAUAAUUCAUCAGGUUUAAUUUAGACUUUUUUUUUUUUGUUUUUUUUUUUUUUUUUUUUUUUUUUUUUUUUUUAUGAGAAUUAAUUUCAUUUCAUUCGGUACAUAUAUUAAUAUACUCUAUAGAAAUUUAGCUUGUUGCUAUCUCGUGCUGCUAAGUGUGCUGAAGAUACUGUCUACACGGACAAAUUUGUUUUAGGCAUAAAAAUAACUUAUUUAUACUUAAGACUAAUUAUCUUUGUUAAUAAUCACUACCUUAAGCGGAGAGUAAACCAAAUAUUAGCUCCAUGCCAUAUAAACCAAAUGAGACUAACCACUUGUGUUCAAACGUUAAUAUAUUAACUGAUUUGCUUCCAACUAUGGCAAAACAUAUACUGAUUAUUUGAUUUCUAAUUUGGAAUUAUCAAGAUCAUGUGAUUAAAGUACUUUUGAUUUUUAUAGAAAGAAUUACAUUUCGUUUUUAAUAGUUAAUAAAAAUUUCAUAUGGGAUGUAAUAUAUGACCAAAUUUGGAGAUAAGGUACAUGUAUGCUAUAUUUAGAGUUGAAAGAUGCAAAUCGUAAAGGUAAAAUCUUAUUUUAAUUAUGAUUAUAAUAUAUAAUCAUGCGAAAUGUUAAUGACAAAAUUAAGAUUUGCUUAUUGAUCUUUAAUACGUCAAAUUUGAAAUGUUGCUAUUUUUCAUAUAUAAAUAUUAUAAUCUUUAUAUUUGUAGCUUUAUAAUUAUUGCCUAUACUAGAUGCUUAUCUAUACUUCAGUUACCAUCUAUUUUAUGAAUUAAUGAGUGAAAUCAAAAUAAGCAAAUCUAGACUGAUAAACAAUCGUAACUUCAUAUUUUACAUCCUAUUUGUACUCAUUGAAAAGUUUUUUGAAGAUGAUCAGUAUUGAUAAUUUUCUUCUUCUUUUUUUUUUUCUUUUUUUUUUUCUUUUCCUUUCUUUUCUUCUUUUUCUUUUUUUUCUUUUUUUUUUCUUUCUUUCUUUCUUUUUUUUUUUUUUUCUUUUUUUUGAAAACUGUGAUUGCGACGGUUGUCUUUGGUUUCUAAACACUCUCGAGUACAAGCUUAUACGAAUAAUAUUAUCUGAACUGUAUUUGAUAUAAUUUAACUGUAAUUAUAUUUAUCUGUUAAUAUACACUUUAUAUAUUAUAAUAAAUACUUCGAUCAUAAAUUUGGAUUAUCGAAUGCAUAACAUAAUUUUCAAAUAAAAAUAAUAAGAAUAAUAAAAAUAUUGAACUGUGCAAAAUGAAUAAUAUAAAAGAUAUGCCAAUUAUAUAAUAUGUUUUUGAAGAUCUUUACAAAUCUUUUUCUAUAAAAAAAAACUUCGAUUAUCUUUCCUUUCUGUAUAUUAUAUUGAAAUUUGUAUGUUAGGACAAAACAGUUUUUAUAUGUGGCUUGAGAUUUCUACUUCUCAACUGGUGGAAUCUUUGUAAAAGUCUUAAUGCCAGAAAUAAGUAUAUACAUUUGCAUAGAUGGAAUAAUUUCAUUUGAUACUACAGAUUUUAUUGCACGCCAAGGAUUUUAUGUAAUGAUGCUGAUGAAACCAAAGACUGCUAUAGUAUAAAAUGAAAGAGAUAAAAUUCCAUAUAACUUGGUUUAUAUAAGUUUAAUUGUAAAGUAUAAUAUUAUAAAUUUAUUUAGGGAUGAAUAUAUUAUAUUGUUAUUUCAUAAGCGUGUUUUGUACGAAGUAUUUUUGGAAAUACAAUUCAAAGGUGUGAAAGCAGUUAUUUCCAAUAUUUAGUCUGAUCGUCUAUUACAUAAAAGUCUUGGUUCUUCUUAUUAUUUACAUAUAAUAAGAAUUAUGAAACAGAAAAUAUAAAAAUACGCUUUAAAUAUUUGCUAUUAUCUAUAAUCAAUCACAGAUUGUAAUAGCAUAAUAUUUGGUCUAAACAAGAUCAAUGACCAGAAUCUGCACUUGGAAUCAUAAAAUUUAUAUAUACUUACAUCAUGCAAAGACAAGAUGGAGAGUGUAGUAAUUAAUAAUGUUUUUUACGUAAUCAUACAUUCCUAAAAAUUUUAUAAAAUUCAAGUCAUUUAAUGCCUUUAUAAGAUUACUAAAUUUACAAUGUUUUUUACUUGUAAGUACAUUGCAAUUGUCUCCAGAGUUAAUCUUUCUGAGACAGAACUAUUGUACGAUUUUAUACUGUUUGUACUUUGUAUGAAUGAAUAAUGAAACAAACUGUCGAUUUAUACUUUUUAUAAAGAUCAUUUGUCAUUUUUUAUAAAACUAUUCUGAAGGGAAUUGGAGUAUUGAUAUAUAUAUAGAUUAAAUAUCUAUUUAUAAACCCAACUAUAUAUAAUAAUAGUAAUAUUAUAGGAAUCUUCCAAGAAUUGUAUAAUUGCGAUAAACAAAAUAUACGAGUCUUACGAGAUUAAAUUUUAACGAAAAACCAAAAAGAAAAAGGAACAAAAAAUGUAGCAAUAAAUUAUGUCUUUGUGUGAUUGACAAAUAUUUAUCUAUUGCCAAUUAAAAAAUGAUUCCAAUAUCGUUUUAACUUAAUAAAUAGCAAUAUUCAUUCUAUUUUGAAUGAACAAAAAUACAUAAACGAACUAUGCUCGUAAUGUUGAUCAUUUCACAAGAGAAAAGAAAUAGAACGGAUUUUCGUUCUACGGACACAUUUAUAAGGAAUAAGUAAUAAAAUUUUAUAAGCUUGUGCCAAGGAAGAAAAUUAUUGAAAUGUCUUUCAUUGGAUAUUUGCUGUUUUUUUGCAUUUACAUAUCGCCUAGACACAAGAAAAAUAAGACAAGUCCAAAAUGAAAUCUUUUUCGAUAGAACAAUAUAAAUACUUCAUUAAUAUUUUAUUCAAAUCAAUUAAAUUUUUUUGUUCGUAUAUCGAUUAUAUA